CGCUUAUACAGGUGCGUGUCUCGUGCCUCUAUCGUCCAUAAAUAUCUGUUCCGCGAUCGCGUUCAACGUUGACGUUCUUUCCGCGCGCGCUUCGGUUAACUGCGAGCGUUGUGCAUCCAUUUCAUUAAUCCACGUCGACUGGUGACACGCCGCGACACCGGACAUUCCCUUUCUAUUCUUGCCGUUAACACAUUCGCCGUAAACCGUUACAGAUCGUUCUCUGAGAUAAAUUAAUUUUAAUUAGAAAGUUUACAAUCCCGAACAAAUAUCUCUCGCUUCCUUUGAAGGGAGGCAUUCUCGUAAGAGGGACGUGCAUGGCCUACCCUCAUUUUAGCUCCGCGUCGCCGACUAUGUCAUAGGGUGUUCGUAUUCAUCAAUCGACCGAGAAUUAAGCCUCGUUAAAUGUCUGUUAACACAAUUACCCGGUCGAUCGAGAUCGGACUUCGAGUCGCCGGCAUCUGGCCAGGCGCGGCCUACGUGAUCAUCAGUCGACUUUACUGGACCACGACGAUGAUAGCCGCGCAGAUCUUUCAAUAUCGCCACAUGGCGUUGCACCUUAAUUCCGAGGACAUCUCACAGCUAAUGGACGGCUUGAGCGCAACGCUGUCAUACAGUUUGUUGUUUGUCAAGUUGAUUGUUUUCUGGACAAAACAACGAAUAUUUAACGACGUGUUAACGAGCAUCGCGACGGACUGGAAGGAAUGCGGGGACGACUUGUACAGCAUGAGUAGCGUGGCCAAUAUGUCGCAUCGUUUCUCCAAUUUGAUAAUCGGCCUGCACUCGACGGCCGUGCUGUUCUACGGCAUCGGCGUCGUCGCCCUGCGCAGCAACGACGUCGCCGACGCCGCCGAUCGUGAACUUUUUCUCAAGAUGGAGUUACCCUUCGAGAGUGGCACGUCGCCAAUUUACGAGGUCGUCAUGACCACGCAGUUCCUGCAUCAGAUGACGGCCGCCACCGUGAUCGGCGUGCUCAGCGCGCUACUCGUUACACUGGUGCUUCAUGCGGGCGGUCAGAUAGAUAUUUUGCGGGAAAGAUUAUUGGAAAUUUUAUCGAAAGAAAAGAAAUCAACUAUUUCCAUGAUCACGAUAGGCUCGUUAAUUCGAAGGCAUCAAAACAUCAUUAUUUUCACCGAAAAGAUCGAAAGCCUGUACUCUUACAUCGCGCUAGCCCAAUUCGUAUCGAACACCCUUGUUAUUUGCUGCUUAGGCCUUAUCAUCGUGAAUAUCCGAUCGUGCACAUCGUUAUUUCAAUUGCAGUCGAUCGGCGCCGAUCAAGGCUCUUCUAUGUUAGUGAGAUCCCUUUUGUUUUAUGUCGUCAUAAAUUUAGAAGCGUUCAUUUUCUGUUUCGCCGGCGAAUAUCUAAGCAUGAAGAGCAAGACGAUCGGCGACGCGGCGUACGAGUCUCUGUGGUACGAUUUGUCUCCUAGCGAGAAUCGAAUCCUGCUGUUCCUGAUAAUGAGAUCACAAAAACAACUGACGAUCACCGUCGGCAGAUUCACGAAUCUCUCUUUGCAACAGUUCGCGAAUGUAAGUUUUACGCAACGUACUACAUACGUCGAUCGGAUUAUGUGUAACAGAGCUUCGUUAUUACGUUCAUCACGUAAAUCGUUAACCUUAACAUAUACGAUUAGAACAAUGUUUAUUUUUUUAUACACGCAGCAACGUUAUUUGUCGCAGAUCAUGAAAUCGUCAGCGUCAUACGUCUCUGUGCUACACGCAUUGUAACGAUAUAUUAUUAUAACGGCUGUAACUAUUAAUAUUGAAUUACUGAUAACGCUGGAAAUUACUCAUAAGAUAAUUACGCAUGGAAGAUUACUCUAUUUUUAAUAAAAGUCAAUGGUCAGCUAACGUUCCCUUGGUUAGCGUCUUUUUAUUACAAUAAUAUUUACGUAAACGUUGUUAAACGCGCACAGUUUACGCCGCCAGUUUACUGAAAAUAUGCCGUUGCUUCUGGGGACGGGGAAAGAAAAAUAUUUUUCGUAAGGAUGAAGGCGCGCGCAUGUCACGGGCUUUCAUCCCCUAAAAGAACUUUGAAACGUCGUUCCGCGCUAAAUUGCGGAAGUUAUCCCGACGCAAGCGGAGACUGAUUCUCCCCCUAUCUCGCAUGUAUUCCGUUCUGAUAGCGUGCAAUUGUGCCAGAUGGCCACAACGAAUAGAUCGCAACGCCAACGAAAUUACACUGGGAUUACUUAGCGCUAUUUCGCGCAUACAAUCAGAACGCUUUCACACGGCAGCGAAAACCAGCCUGGAGGGACGAUUUUAUUAGCGACGACCGUAUCUGCGUAGCGCGGACUACUGUAAUUCCAUCGCCCCUCGCGACCGCUCAAUUUACAAACUCUGAGUUUACACUCGGUACGAGAGUAGAGAAUUUAUACUUCGUAUUAUCUGGUAAAAAUACACAUCUUAUACACACGUCGACUGUGUCAAGGUAAUGUAUAAGGGAAUAAGUUGCGCAAUUCUACCCUUCGUACACAAUUUUCUCUCCGUCAGAGAACCGGCCCAACGCAACAUUUUCCAAAAGA